UUAAAGAGAUUGCGCAGCGUCAAACGUGUCGAGUAAAUCAGCUGAUCGCGUGCUUCUUCGUUCUCGCGUUAUACAAAGUAUUUUUUCGAGUAUCGUGCUGUAAUACUAGGCGAAUUAAAAUACGGGGAAGAAAAUGAAUUUGUCGACGGUCGAAAACAGUGAACAUUGUGACUAUCGUAGUCCCUUGGCAACGAGAUACGCCUCGAAGGAAAUGCGCUACAACUUCAGCGAUCAACACAAGUUCAGCACGUGGCGGAAAUUAUGGAUUUACUUGGCCAAGGCAGAGAUGGAACUGGGUCUAGCCAUCACCCCGGAGCAAAUCGCCGAGAUGGAGGCUCACGCGAACGACAUAGAUUUCGAAGCGGCCGCGAGGGAAGAAAAGGCAACCAGACACGACGUCAUGGCCCACGUUCACGUUUUCGGGAACCAGUGUCCAAACGCCGCUCCGAUAAUUCAUUUGGGUGCAACCAGUUGCUACGUCGGUGACAACACGGACUUGAUAAUUCUUCGUCAAGGAUUCGACAUUCUUCUGCCAAAGUUGGCCAACGUUCUGUCGCGUCUCGCGGGAUUCGCCCGUCAGCAUCGCGAUUUACCGACCUUGGGUUUCACUCAUCUCCAACCGGCGCAACUUACGACCGUUGGUAAACGAGCCACCUUGUGGCUUCACGAUCUUCUGAUGGACGAGAGGGCUCUUCGUCGUGCCAGGGACGACUUGAAGUUUCGUGGAGUGAAGGGCACCACUGGUACUCAGGCUUCGUUUCUCCAAUUGUUCGACGGUGACGGAGAGAAGGUGAAGCAGUUGGAUCGGCUGGUAACCAAAAUGGCAGGAUUCGAGAAACAUUAUCCCGUGACGGGGCAAACUUACAGCAGAAAAGUCGACGUUGAAUGCUUGAACGCUUUGAGUUCUUUGGGUUCCACCGUGCACAAGAUCUGCAGCGACAUUCGAUUGUUGGCGAACAUGAAAGAAGUGGAGGAACCGUUCGAGAGUACUCAAAUUGGCUCGAGCGCAAUGCCGUACAAAAGGAACCCAAUGCGCUCGGAGAGGUGUUGCAGCAUAGCGAGACACUUGAUGACUUUGGCCAACAAUGCUCUGCAAACGGCAGCCGCUCAAUGGAUGGAGAGGACCCUCGAUGACUCUGCUAAUCGAAGGAUCACCUUGUCUGAGGCGUUCUUGUCGGCGGACGUGAUUCUAAUGACACUUCAAAAUAUCACGGAGGGCAUGGUCGUUUAUCCGAAAGUCAUUGCCAGGCAUAUCGCGCAAGAACUGCCGUUCAUGACCGCUGAAAAUAUAAUAAUGGCUAUGGUGAAAGCAGGUGGUGAUAGACAAGUCUGCCACGAGAAAAUAAGAGUGCUGUCUCAAGAAGCUGGCGCGCAGGUGAAGCAGCACGGCAAAGACAACGAUCUGGUCGAAAGAAUCAAGAAGGAUCCGUACUUUGCUCCGAUCCUGGGCCAGUUGAACGAUCUUCUGGAUCCACGAACGUUCGUUGGUAGGGCACCCGAGCAGGUGCUCGAAUUCUUAGAAGAAGAGGUCCAUCCUGUGCUGGAAAAUUACCAAGGGCUUCUAGGCGGUAGCGUGGAGCUCAACAUUUGACCAAAGGAAGAUACGAAUCUUCGUUCUCGAAGGAAGGAAGGUUUCUAAAGAAUUUCGUGUUGUUGUUGUUGUUGUUUUUUCUCUUUUUUUGUAUAAAAGUUGAGUCCGAUCUUUUGCUAUUUUUUUUACAUCUCCCAUUCCGAAAGCAAAACAAAGUGAUGCGUAAAACAGUGUUAUUAUUGUAAACUUUACAGAAAUUAGAACUGAAUAAAAACAGGACGAACGUAAUGUACACCGUUUCACAGUUACUGCGCACGCUUCUCUCACGUCUGAUAGUUAUCCUUCGUUACAAUCAUAAGAUAGCAAUUCGAUUGAAAUUGUCAGAGACUUCUCGACAACGUAGCUGCUGUGAUAGCGAGCGAAGAUCGAGUGGAAGGAAUAUAGAAUUUUUAAG